AAAAAAAAAAAAAAAAAGUUUCUACACCCCUGAUUUUGCAUAAAUGACCAAGUUUAAAAAUUUAUAACUCAGAUUUAUGCAUCAAUUAAUUUUUUUUUUAAUUUGGGUAGAACUAUCUACAUAGUACAUAAUAUGUACAAUUUAGGAGACUCCCUAGAAAUUUGAAGUGGAACAUUAUUUUUAAAGUUGUAAAGUACUCAUUUGAAAAUGCUAUACAGAUACUGAGAGAUGUGCCAUUUGUGGACGAGGUAGCUCUUGACUGAUUUCCUUCAAACAUCACACGUUUCUUGAUUGGGAUGGUUUCUGUGUGUUGAAGUCUCGGCAAAUCACCCGAGAAGCCAUGGAUAAACAACUCAGAACAGGGAAAAAUGGAAAGGCACAGCACCUCCCUACAGGACUCGGACGAUGAGCCAGCACACCACAACCAGCAAAAAGAGAGAGGAAGUGUCAGACCAACGAGCAAUUCUACCCGUCCCCCAGGAGUGUCGCCGCCUGGUUCUUCUCCUGCACCAUCUCCACUCCCCAGUACCAAUAAUGACGGACACAAGUAUCACAGUGAAGCCAAAGAGGGCCCAAGGUCCAGUCUUCAGGAACGAUUGUUGGGUUUAGCUAGUGGAGGGACACAGCGGUCGUCACAAGGAGAGGACCGUGGUGGACCCAGAGAUAGAAGGGAAAGUCACACAAGUCCCUCUCAAGACAGGGAAGGUCACUCCCGCAGAAAAUCAAAGUCAAAGUCCCCAAACCUUAAAUCUCCCAAGGCAAAGUCUCCGAGGCCUCGGUCACCUGCUGGGGGCAACAAACAUAGUCGUAAGACAAGAUCAAGGUCAAAGUCACGAGAGAGAGAGGGACGCUCCAGUCAGCAGGGCCGAGAACACUCUGGAAGGAGUCAUGCCAGCCGAGAUCAAGUUAGUCAAGGACAUUCUGUUCGUGGUAAAGACAGUCGAGAAGGGCGGAGAAGUAGGGAUGAUGACCGCAAACGAAGAGAUGAAGAAAGGCGAAGCAGAAGGUCGCGGUCUCGAUCUCGAUCCAGAGAGAGACGGAGGUCGCGGUCCAGGUCCAGAGAUCGCAGGUCAAGAUCCAGGUCACGAGACAGACGCCGCCGUAGUCGCAGUCGUGAAAGAAAGAGGCCGAUGGAUAUUAGGAAAGAGGCUCAACAGAAACUUGCAUUGCUAAAAGCAGCGAAUCCAGACUUGACGGCAGCCGAACUCCUGAAACGCAGCAUGGAAGCGCAAAUGGUGGAAGUUCAAAAGCAAACUGGCAUUGCCCUUCCUUCAUAUUAUAAUCCUGCAGCUAUGAAUCCAAUGAAAUUUGCUGAACAGGAACGCAAGAAGAAACUUCUCUGGGGUAACAAAAAUAAACCGCCCGAGACUCCUCUUCCGAGCAGUACACCUGCAGUUACAGAAACUGUUAGUAUUGCCCCUUCUAUUCCUCGUCCCAGUGGAUCUGGGAUUGGAGGAAUUGGCACAGGAGUCAACACCUGGCGUCCUCCUUUAGGUUCAGGAUCUGCAGCUGCAGCUACAGCUGCAGCAGGAAGCACUUGUCCUAGUGGUGGUCAAGCUGCUCUGUGGGCCAAUACAAGAUUCUCCAAUGACAGAGACGGCAAGAUGGCAGAAAAGUUCCGCAGGCUCAUGGGUGUUAAAAGUGCAACUGAAACUCCACCUGCUGGGAACAAAGAAAUUGCUGUUGCCCCCAGUAGUGCCAGAGAGAGUCCUGGGGUAGACAUAAUGCAGAAGCAGGAAACUAUGUUUACCUCAAUGGAGAGACAGUAUGAGAUGGCAAGAAUUGCCACACAUACUCAUAAAGGCUUUGGUUUGGGCUUCACUAGUCAAUCAUUUAUGCCAAAGUAGUGAUAUUGCAAAGUUAUUGUCCAUAAUUAUCUCAAUUUUAUUUAAGUGUUCCUGCAAUUGUCGUUGGCCCUUCAUGAUGACGUGUCAUAACAAUACAGUAAUUGACAAUGAUUUCCAGUUAAAGCAUUUUAUCACUGAUAUUUAUUCAUGUGUCAGUUGUGUAAUAAGUUAACAGGGCAGGAAAUAUUGCAUAAUGUUUGUUAGGUGAAUGUUAAAAUUAAUAAAGGUGUAGUUGCUCUAUGAUGCAAGUUUUCUUUAUUAUAAUUAACAAUAUUAAGUAAUUUAAUUUUUACAUUUAUGCAAUGAUUUUGGAAUGCAAACUUAAUAUUAAAAGCAUUUAAAUAUUGUAAUAUCUAAAGCAAAAUAGAAUAAUCAAAAUGUUUAUUUCAUUUUAUAUUUUGUUUUAUUGUAAUGAUAAUGGUAAAGUUUUUGGAUUGCAGUUUUAUCUUAUCAGUCAUGCUUUAUUUUGUGCUUAUAAAUGCUGACUUAAGCCAUGUUAUGGUGUCAUGUAGAGCUGGGGAGUGAUGAGCUCCCUCAGUAGAGCUGGGGAGUGAUGAGCUCCAUCAGUAGAGGAGGGGAGUGAUGAGCUCCCUCAGUAGAGCUGGGGAGUGAUGAGCUCCAUCAGUAGAGGAGGGGAGUGAUGAGCUCCCUCAGUAGAGCUGGGGAGUGAUGAGCUCCAUCAGUAGAGCCGGGGAGUGAUGAGCUCCAUCAGUAGAGGAGGGGAGUGACGAGCUCCAUCAGUAGAGGUGGGGAGUGACGAGCUCCAUCAGUAGAGCCGGGGCGUGACGAGCUCCAUCAGUAGAGCCGGGGAGUGAUGAGCUCCCUCAGUAGAGCUGGGGAGUGACACAUAAGGCAUGAAGAUAGUGUUCCAAUAUAGAGGUCAUAGUGACAAAAAUGAUCUAGUCAUGAGUUAUUGCGAUGCAAAUUUUUUACUCUUAGUUUCAAACUGCCAGAAGAAUGUUAUGGGGCACAUUGUAGUUUAUGUUAGCAUACAACUCGGCUAACAUAUGAUCAAGUUCAAAUAUGAAUGCAGUUGUAUUAAACACAUUAGGAAAACACUUACUGCCUGCACUGGUAGCAUAGAAGAAUAUCAGCUGAUAAAUCCUUCAGCAGACCUUUAAUAAAUGUUAUUUGUA